AUGGACGACUUUCCUAUUGGUUAUUUUUAUAUCAAAUCUCGUAACUCAGGAAAAGUUAUUGAUGUGGAUGGCGCGUCUACAAAGAAUGAUGCUAAAAUAUUAAUUUGGACACCUAAACAUAAUGACGAUAGAGAUAAUCAACUUUGGUAUUACCAAGACGGGUUUAUAGUUAAUAAAUGUUCAGGAAAGGUAUUGGAUGUUCGAGGUGGGCCAUUAGUGGAUGAGGCAUGGAUUUGCCAAUAUGAUCGUAAACUUAUAUCAGAGGCACAAAAUCAAAGAUGGGGUUAUGAAGAUGGAUACAUUUAUACCUUAGCAGACCCACAUAUGGUAUUAGACGUUCGAGGAAAUCAAACAAACGAUGGCACAAGAAUGAUUUUAUAUCAUAAAAAAUUUGGUUAUGACAGUCUUAACCAACUUUGGGACUUAGUUCCUGCUGGUGAAGUUAGGGCAGAACGCGAAGUUUUAUUUGAAGCAGAUUUUGAUUAA